GCCCAGAAGAGCUACAAGACAUUGAUUAGGCCUAGCCUAAGCACCGAGUUUGGAGUGGACGGAAGGAUAAAAUUUCGACUUGAAAGCCGAUUCAAAACAAUAUUCCAUUCUGAUUAAACUCACUGAUGAAACAUACUUAAACUAUAUGUAUAUUGGAAAGUAGCUUUACAUAGAACCAUGCCUGCAGUGUUAGAGGAUCAUGGAAUACGAGAUGUUUGGGCAUCUAACAUGGAGGAAGAGUUACGGAACAUCAGCCGUGUUGUCAAAACCCAUAGAUAUAUUGCAAUGGAUACAGAAUUUCCAGGUGUUGUAGCAAGACCUAUUGGAGAGUUCCGCUCAACUCAAGAAUACACAUAUCACCAAAUGAAAUGCAAUGUAAAUCUAUUAAAGAUCAUACAAAUUGGAUUUACUUUUUUUGAUGAGGAUGGAAAUAGAGCACAACCAAUCUCAACAUGGCAGUUCAAUUUUAAGUUUUGUCUAGGUGAUGACAUGUAUGCACAAGAAUCAAUUGAACUGCUCCGCAAAUCAGGUAUACAAUUUGAGCGACAUGAGAGAGAUGGUAUGGAUCCAUUUGACUUUGCUGCAGAAUUAAUUGGCGCUGGUGUUGUUCUUCAGCCAAACGUUUUUUUAUCAUUUCACAGUGGUUAUGAUUUUGGCUACUUCAUUAAAAUGUUACAAAAUAGUGACUUGGAGGAGGAUGAUGAAGAAUUUUUUUCAAAACUUCGAUUACACUGUCCUGACAUUUAUGAUGUAAAGUACUUAAUGAAAUCUUGCAAAGAUCUAAAAGGGGGAUUACAGGAAGUCUCAGAUUAUCUACAGAUAAAACGAGUAGGUCCCCAACAUCAAGCUGGAAGUGAUAGUCUGCUCACUGGAAUGGCCUUCUUUAAAAUGAGAGAGCUCUACUUUGAGAACAAUAUUGAAAGAGAGAAAUAUUCUGGUCACCUGUAUGGACUAGGGCCCUUUGCUGCCAGUGCUGCCAAUGUCACCAAUGGUUCUGGCUAUGGGGAGUACGACACAACAGCAGAUAAUGGAUCCCAGGGCACAAAUUCAUGAUUUUGUUCUGUUAAGUCCACAGUAAAUGAUAUUAACAUCAUAAAGUGAUGAACAUCUGAAAAUAAAAUACCUAUUUUAAAUUAUUACCAAGGGAACUUGUCUGCUUGAAGUGGAAUUCAUUCUAUUUUGCUUAUAAAUUAUUAUAUUGUAAAUGAUAAACACAUUGUUUAAAAUUUUGCAAAUCAAAUAGAAUUUUUACCAAAAUCAUAGCUGAAUAAUUCAGUUGGGUAGUAAAUGAAUUUUAAACCACACUAAUUUCAAAAUGCAUUUUUUAACUCAAAUAAGACUGAAAAUAAGUGAAAUAUCAAUGAAUUGUUGAUUAGUGACAUCAGCGUUUUUGCAAUUUUGUUAACAUAGCAAGCCGAUGAAUUUGUUAUUGUUGUUGAGAGCUACAUGUUCAACAGGUUAUAGGAACAUUCUCUUGCUGUAAGUGUAAUCAUUUUUGUAAGAGAAGUACCUCAGCUGUAUACCACAAAUUUUGGCUCAAUUCUCAAUGUGGGAGUCCUAUGUGUACAUGUUACAUUACAUCCAGUUUUUCUAUUGUUACCCCAAAGCUUGCAGAGAAUCAUGUUUCAUGUGUAGUAAUAAUGUAACAAAAAGCGUUUUCAAAUGUCUGACAUACCUUCAGUAAGAAGUAGAAAAUAUUUUAGUGUCUUUUUCCGCAUUAAUGAAAAAAAUGUUUAAAAAGGUUUUUUGUACAUUAUCAAUCGUGCUAGUUGAGAAAUCUUGAAUGGCAGCUGUCUAUUUUCAAGCAAAAAUCCUACUGGCUGUAACUCACUGCUCCUGAAGAUGUAAAAUGAUAAACAUUAGAGCAAGGGCAAGCUUUGCUCUUGUUCUACAUCAAGAGUAUUUUUCAUAAAGUUGGACUGACUUCUUUAACAACUUUUAUGACACUCCAAAAUGGCGAUGUUUAUGUGAAUAUGUCAGUCUAGUUUUAUACCAAUAAAAUAUUGUUUUUUUAAAACGAAA